AUGAUAUGGGACAGACAAAAAGAUACUCUUUCCAUAAAUAUUCCUGAUGUUAAUGAAACAAAGAAUGAAGUGAUCAUCACAAAGCGAAAUAUUUUAUCAGCUUCACACAAAGUUUUUGAUCCCAUAGGGAUAACCAGUUCAGUGAUGAUGCGUCCAAAACUUUUGUUACAAAAUUUGUGGAAGUCUAAAAUUGGUUGGGACGCUGAAGUUGAUCAAAAAACGGGCGAAGAAUUUCUAAGAUGGUUAAAUGAGCUUGAAUGUUUGAAGAAUGUGAAGGUAGCAAGAUGGUUGCACUGCGAUAAGGGAGUUGAAAAUAUUUCACUUCAUUUUUUUUGUGAUGCAAGCAAGUAUGCCUAUUCGGCAGUAGUCUUUCUGCGAGUUUGUUAUAUGACUAAUGUUUAUGUACAGCUGGUACAAAGUAAAACAAGAAUUGCCCCUUGUGGGAAAAAAGAGACAACAAUUGCAAGAUUAGAACUUCUUGGUGCCACAAUAUCUGCUCGUCUAUCCCCUGAGGUACGAAAAGAGUUUAAAACCCACAAUGUGUAUUUUUGGACAGACUCCACCACAGUGUUAGCUUGGUUGAAAAGAGAAGAAACGUGGGGUGUAUUCGUACAGAACCGUGUUCAAGAAAUUAGGAAACUGACACCAGUUCAUGCAUGGAGACAUGUAUGUUCAGCUAAGCAAUUGUGCCAGUCAAAAUGGUGGGAGGGUCCCUGUUGGUUGUACCUUCCAUCCCGUGAAUGGCCAACUAACGACUCAGAGGAAGAUGUCAAUGAAGAAGAAGUGAUUAGAAAAAAAAGAAGAACGAUCGUAUCUUCAAUUGUAAAUAUUGAAGUUACAGAAAUAUGGAGCGAUCAUUUUUCCUCUUACAGUAGAAACAUCAGAGUGGUGUCAUGGAUUCUUCGUUUCAUACAUAACACAUCACAUGAAAAUAAAUUAAAAG